AUGAAACAAAAUGUUGUCACUGGGACACUUCAUCCUAUAAAGUAUUGCAUCGAACAUGAAACAAAAGGUUGUCACUGGGACAGUCCAAAUGUCGAGCUGUUAGGUUGUUUUAUUUGUUUGUCCACCAGAGGAUCCUAUCUCUUGUCUUUCAAAAAUCACGCUGUCUUUUACAACUCCAUUCACACUUAUUCAAUACAAAAAUCUGAAAGCCACUUUAGAAAGGCUUACGUAAUCUCCGAGACCGCUCAACAGAGCAAAAGAAAACAGAAAAAAACUAAUCACUUUUGCGAAAUUUUUCACUUUUCUUCUCUUCGCUUAUCAGAGAUCACUGUGGGAGAUCACUGUGGGAGAUCACAGAUGCUAGCAUCAUAUAAUGACCUACUAAGGAAAUACCCCUAUCGCACCAAUAUGUUGACCACAGGGCUCUUUUUUGGCCUUGGGGAUAUCAUUGCUCAAUCUUUGUUCCCGCAUACAAUCACAACAACCAAAACAGACAAAGAUGGGAAACAAGUUGAAGUUGUGGAAGUUAGCGAUUAUACCCCUGAGAGAACUAUGAGAGCUAUGAUCUAUGGGUCUAUCUUCUUUGCCCCUAUAAGUGUUCUAUGGCAUGGAAAAACACUCCCCAAGUUGAAAAAUCCUUUCAUUAGCAUAGUAAAGAGAAAAAUGAUGGAAACAAAGAGUAAGAAAAGAUUGCAUUUGUAUGACACAGUUUUCCGUUUGGGUGUUGAUCAGUUAAUAUUUCCAGGUUUGGUGUGGAUCCCCCUUUACAAUACGGUUAUGGUGAUGCUAGCACAACACGAAGAUCCAUUUGGUAUAAUACGCAACAAGUUGGAGAGUAAUUGGUGGACAGUACUUCGGGCUAAUUGGACAGUGUGGCCAGGGUUUCAACUUGUGAACCUCUACUUUAUCCCGGUACAUUUGCGAAUUGUUUGUGCGAAUGUAUGGUCUACUGGAUGGAAUACGUUUUUGAGCUUUGUCCAUAAUACCAAGGGCCAUGGAAAGGGAAGUGGAAAGAAGUUGGAAGAGUUGGUGGAUAUCGAAGAUGAUGACCAGGAAGUUGUAAUGGUGUAUGAUUGA